GAUGUGGGGCUGCAUAAUCUAUUCAAUUUAAAGGGCAUCUCCUGUUGGUCCAAGCAAGCAUCUCAAACAGGCUAUAGUGCAUAGAAAGCAGUAGGUCUGGGUUAACAGCUGUGUUGAAAAAAUGUACGGAUUUAUUAAUACUUGCUUGAAGUCUCUGGUCAUUGAAAAGUUUGGAGAAGACACAUGGGAGAAAUUGAGGUUAAUGGCUGGAGUCCAGGAUACAUUUAUGACCUAUGAAAUUUAUGACGAUGUCAUCACUCUGCGUUUAGUGCAAGAAGCUUGCAAAAUGCUGGAUGUCUCAUCUGAAGUGGUUUUGAAGCUGUUUGGAGAGUACUUUUUCAGCUUUUGUAAGAUGUCGGGAUACGACACGAUGUUGCGAACGCUUGGUGGAAACCUGGUGGAAUUCAUUGAGAAUCUUGAUGCUCUGCACAGUUAUCUAGCAUUGUCUUAUGAGGCAAUGAACGCUCCAUCUUUUCGUGUGGAACGGCUAAAUGAUGGGCGAAUUCUCCUUCACUAUUACUCAGACAGGAAAGGGCUCUAUCACAUUGUGCCAGGCAUUAUUGAGGCUGUAGCAAAGGAUUUCUUUGACAGCGAGGUGACCAUGACCAUUCUGAAUCAAUCGGAGGAAGAUGAGCGCACUGGGAAAAAGGAACAUGUGGUUUUCCACAUGGUGCAAAAGGAUAAGGUGUCCAGAAGAAAGAAAGACCAGAAGCUGAAAGAGAGAGAUGAGGGAACAGAGGUUGAGAGGAAGGACCAGGAGGAUGCAAUGAAGAAGAUGAAGGCCAGGUAUGCCAACCUGCAGAUGUGUCCAAGGAAACGAUCUCCAUGGGAAAUAGUGAGGAGCAUUGUCAUGUUGGGCCAAGGAAAUCUGAGAACCUCAUUCACCCCCAGCUACCCAAACAGACUCUGGGUCGAAGAGCAAGCCUUCUGUAAUGCUUUCCCUUUUCACAUUGUUUUUGACCAAGAUCUGGUGGUGAAGCACACAGGUGUGAACAUUCAGAAGUUUGUUCCUGGACUCCAGACCGUGGGUAUUCGUCUGGAUGAAUACUUCACCAUCGUUCACCCAGAAGUUACCUUUAACAUCCAGAGUAUCAAGAAGUUCAUCAACAGCCAGUUUGUACUGAAGACAAGGAGGGAAAUGUUACCAGAGAUCCAACAAAACCAGGCAAUACUAAAGCUGCGAGGACAGAUGAUGUGGAUGGAGUCGCUGAAUUGUAUGAUCUACCUGUGUUCACCUAAGCUACGGAGCCUUCAGGAGCUGGAAGAGAGGGGUCUCCACUUGGCCGACAUUGCCCAGCAUGACACCACGCGAGAUCUGAUCCUGCUUAACCAGCAGAGACUGGCAGAGAUUGAGCUCUCCAAUCAGCUGGAAAGGAAAAAAGAGGAACUGCGAAUCCUCUCACGCAACCUGGAGAUCGAGAAGCAGAAGUCAGAAAAGCUUCUUUAUGCCAUGCUGCCAACACAUGUCGCCAACCAGCUUAAAGAGGGCAAAAGAGUGGAGGCAGGCGAGUUCAAAGUGUGCACCAUCCUUUUCAGUGACGUGGUCACGUUUACUAACAUCUGCGCAGCCUGUGAACCCAUUCAGAUAGUCAACAUGCUCAAUGCCAUGUACUCCAGAUUUGAUCGUCUUACGAACGUCCAUGGCGUUUACAAGGUGGAGACGAUAGGUGACGCUUACAUGGUGGUUGGAGGUGUGCCCGUGCCUACAGACACACAUGCAGAGCGAGUGGCAAACUUUGCCCUCGGGAUGAGAAUUGCAGCGAGGGAGGUGGCAAGCCCGAUCACAGGACAGCCGAUACAGAUACGAGUGGGCCUGCACACUGGUCCAGUGUUGGCUGGUGUGGUAGGUGAGAAGAUGCCACGUUACUGCCUGUUCGGAGACACAGUAAACACAGCUUCCCGAAUGGAGAGCCAUGGAGUCCCAGACCACAUACACCUUAGUCCCUUCACCUACAGUGUGUUAAAGAACAAAAGCUAUGAGAUCAGUGAGAGAGGCGAGAUUGAGGUCAAAGGGAAAGGUCUGAUGGAAACAUAUUUCCUAUGGAAGAACCUGCGAAUGACCGAUGAGGAGAUCAUGGGUCUGGUCGAUGGAGAGACGUGCGUGUACCAAGAUAACCCGGAGGAUGUGACAGAUGAAAAGAAGGAGGAGACACCUGGGGAAACAAAUGCUGUGCAAAAUGUUGAAAUGAAAGAAGUUGCAAAUGGGACAAAUAACACUUCAUCACCAUCUCUUCACCCAGAAAACAUCUCUCCUGAUCAGUUAAUUCGUUUCGACAUCACACCGGCAUACGACAGCCACAGUGAUCUGAGACAUCCAUACAAUGGACUUCAUUCAGACAAUCUCAGCACUAAGUUUUGUUCUAUUCUUUAGGAAGACAUUUCCAAUUUGUACCAUUUUUAAAAUAAUUAUUUCAUGCUUCAUAUCCAGUCCUGCGUAUUAUCGGAGACCAAUAUAACAUAAAGCCUGCGGUGUCGUGUUUUUUGUCCUGGGCAUUGUGCAGUGCUUAAUGGCUGUUUGUUCGAUGCUUUUCAAGAAACGUCUGGGGAUUUCUGCUUUGUGGACACAGAGUUGUCAUCUGGGAAAGGCAAGCCUACAUGCUGAGUCCCUCUGUGGAGCCCAGCUUCAUUUGCACCUGUUGCUUGCCUCCCGGCGAUGGGCAGCAAAAGAACCAUCAUGCUGGGAAAGCUAAUUUCCCUCCGGAAAAAUGAAUCUUGUUAUUGACUGUUUUCAUGUGGAAAUCAGAUGGCAAACACAGAUGACCAGAGGAACUUGAUAAACAUGUGACCCUGCCUGUGAUAACCCAUCCACAGUCAUUUUUUGUGAUUCGCUGUUUUCCAUAUAAAUGUAAAAAAUAUAAAGAUUUAACCUUGAUGUCUUUAAUAUUGACUGCAAGGUCAUGUCCAAGAUUGAAAUAAACUUUGAUGCUCCUAAUCUCA